AUGGCCGAGGAGUGGGGCGACUGGCCGAUCGACGACGACAACACGCAGCUGGUGGACCUCCACCCGUUCUGGGACCACGAGCGUCAGCACCAGCGCUGCCAAGCCGCCUACCGCCAGCUCAUCGAUGCGUCGUUCUGCACCUCUGGUCGAUGCCCUCACCCGGACGUGCGCCUUGGCAACGUCUUGCUACCAUGGCCGCUCACACCAACGGACGUCGCCAGUCUCGUCCAGGAAUACUCGACAGGCUGUAUUUCACCUUCCCUCUGCGCUCUUGACCCUGCUUGGUCGAGUCGUCUUCACACGCAGGUCCAAGCCUUUCUCGGUCGCGGUGGAGUGCACAACUGCGCGCUGCAACUGCGCUGCAUCUGGCUCGGCGGCGCGACGCUGCUACCAGCCACAGGCUAUGCCGCUGUCUACGUCCUCCUCAGACCCGAACGCGACGUGUGGCAGCUCCUCUACAAGAGCAUUCGCACGACCCACUACGUGGCAUCGACGUGCACUGGCGCCGUGCCAUGGCUCUGCAUGUAUAUUCGCCCGCUUGAAGAUGAUUUUCUCGAGGUGCGCAAGGCCAGCUCGCGGCUCGACCGCCAGCUUCUCAUAUAG